CCUCUUUCCCCCUCUUCUCUGUUCCUGUCUCUGAAGAUCGUUAGAAGAAAGGACAACUCGCCUGAUGCUGAGCUGAAGCUCCCAUACAUUAGUUAGGAAAAAAAUAAAAAGAUGAAUCUCGUCAUUUGUCUCCUUUUCUCCUGCUUUCUUCGCCACGUUAUCGCCAGAGGCGCCCAACGCAGUACCUCUCUCUCUUCAGGUUUUAGAAAUGAUAGUUAUGCGGCUAUUACAAGGCAUUUAUUUGAGGAAAACCAGUCUCAGCCGAGUAUCGAUAUUGCUCGUGGCUAUAUGACUAAUUCGGAACUGGAAAAGGCAGUGAAGGAAUUUGGGCAAAGAUGUAGUCACAUUUCUAGGAUAUACAGUAUUGGAACGAGUGUGAAAGGUGUUCCACUGUGGGUGAUAGAGAUUUCUGACAAACCAGGAGAGGAAGAACCCGAACCUGCAUUCAAGUUUGUUGGUAAUGUGCAUGGUGACGAACCUGUUGGUCGCGAGCUUCUCAUACUUCUUGCAAAUUGGAUAUGUGACAACUAUAUGAGAGAUCCACUGGUUAAAUUGAUUGUCGAAAAUGUUCACCUUCACAUACUUCCAUCAAUGAAUCCUGAUGGGUUUUCUCUUAGGAGGCGUGGUAAUGCAAAUGGUAUUGAUCUAAAUCGAGAUUUUCCAGAUCAGUUCUUUCCUUGGAAUGAUUAUGAGGAUGCACGACAACCUGAAACAAAAGCAAUUAUGAGUUGGUUGAGAGAGAUACAUUUCACAGCAUCUGCAAGUUUGCAUGGGGGUGCACUCGUUGCAAAUUAUCCAUGGGAUGGCACUCAGGAUAAAAGGAGGAAUUAUUAUGCUUGUCCUGAUGAUGGAACAUUCCGGUUCCUGGCAAGUGUAUAUAGCCAAUCUCACUAUAACAUGUCUUUGAGCAAGGAAUUUAAAGGAGGCAUUACAAAUGGAGCAUCCUGGUACCCCAUAUACGGUGGCAUGCAAGAUUGGAACUACAUAUAUGGUGGUUGUUUUGAGUUGACCUUGGAGAUUAGUGAUAACAAAUGGCCUAAUGCUAAGGAGCUUCCUACCAUUUGGGAGUACAACAAAAUAAGCAUGCUAAAUCUUGUUGCGAGCCUUGUGAAGACAGGAGUUCAUGGAAGGGUCUUUUCAUCAGAUAGAGGAAGGCCGUUGCCUGGGUCGAUCACGAUCAAGGGAAUAAAUUACACGGUUAAAGCUGGCAUGGCAUUUGCUGAUUAUCACCGCAUACUUGUUCCAGUAGAAAGAUAUGAAGUUAUGGCUGCUGUGCCUGGGUACAAAUCAAAGGCCACAAGUAUCUGGUUGGGAGAAGAAGCCAUGACUGUAGACUUUAUUCUUGAUCCAGGAGUCACUUCUGAGGGGACUUUACUGCAAAGUAUUUGUGGUUGCAAUUGUGGUCACAAGAGCAGGCACCUUUUGGUAGAUUAUUUUUGGGGAAUUCACUUUGAAGUUUAUUUAGUCUUGAUUGUUGUUCUAGCAUUUCUAUGCUUUUUACUGAGGAGGAGAAUAAAAUUCAACCUUUUAAAACACCGGCAGUCACCUAAAAGGUCUGUUAUGGUAUGAACUCUCAUUGUCACUUUGUGUAAUAACUCAUGUAAAUUAUGAUUGGUAAGGGAAAUAGAAUAUCUUUUUGCCCAUCUGUGCAACUAGUCUAAUGCUUGUCUUAGGUUAUUUUGAACUAUUCUUGGUUUACUUUUGUAGCAAUCUCUCUAGCAACAGGCAAUCUGUAUAGGACAAUGAUAAGCAAUGUGAACUUGCACUUUUUUCUGACCUUAGAAAAUGUAUUGUUGAAGAUUA